AUGGCCAUGCCAUGGUCGUCGCAGCCAGUGGUCAUACCUACUGCGCACAGUGCAAUAUGGGCGGCACAGUUGUGGCCGCCCCAGAAGCUUUGCGCGUCUUCAGGCCAGCGGACGACUUGGACGACUUGGAGAAGUACCCGGGGUAAGGUGGCCCUGAAAGCCCAAAACCUCCGGCGAGGCUUCAAGGUGAACAAGGAGUACAAAGGCUCCCACUCCUACGGCACCAUCAGCCAGGAGGAGAUGGAGGAAGCCGCGCGCAUUCGGAGCCGCUACGAUGAAGACUUUGCCUCGGUCAAGAAGGCAGAGGCCAAGAAGUCCAAGGCCCGGAAGAGGCUCCUGUUGAAGAGAUUGCGGCCGAGCUUUCAGGAGUACCAGGAGGACGAGAUUGAGGAGAGAGGAGAGGAGUCCGCAGAGGCAGCUUCAGAGGAUGCCGAGGACGAUCCUGGCCGAUCCACGCCGUCCACCCCGGUCUCGCGAUCCCGGGAGGCUGGCGGAGGAGCCCUGCGGUCCAAGCCGGUGGCCUCAUGGAAGACCUCCUGGGAAGGCUGGCCUGCUCCAAUGGACCUCUCUUCAGCACGGAAACUGGCUUCGUCGCUGGGCGCCACCUCUAGUGCUCGAAGAGCUUCCGGCAGGGUGUUGCAGGCCGCCGCGCGCGCGCUGGUCGAGGCACAGGAACAUCUGGGAGCCGCACAGCUGCUCCUGGAGCUCCGGGAUUUCGGCGUCGAGCGCGAGGUGCUGGACCGGCGCCUCACCCCUUCAGAGGCGGAGCAGCUCUUCGACGAGGCGGCCGUGCGUUUGGGCCAUGCCUAUUUGAAUGCCAACCUUUGGGGCAACGCCUGGGAGGCGUUGAUCGCCGCGUGCGCCCAGCCGCGCUUGUCCCAGCCGCUGGCCUCCUGGGCGCUGUCGGGCCUGGCCUCCGCGGCGGAGCGCGGCUGUAAAGCGGCGACGGAGCCCCUGCGGCAGGUGGAGCUGCUGCAAGGAGCUCUGGAUGCCGAGGCGGUGUGGGGCGCGUUGCCCCGCGAGCGGCGCGAGGGCUUGGAAAUCUAUAUGGCCCUCUCUUUGGAGAAGAUCGGGCGUGUGAAGGAGAGCAAGGCACUCCUCACGCGGAUCGCACAGCAGGGCAGCGCCGAGCGGAGGCAGCAGGCCGAGUGGGCCUUGCUGGUCCAGGACGCGGAGUCGCCCACGGCGACGGCCGAGGGUCGAGAGAUGCGGCAGAUCUGGGACCAGGUGGCGCCAACCACCUCGACGUCGUUGCGGAGUGGCCGCACGGGUGCGGCCAUGGGUGGCCAGGGCCGCCGCAAAGCUGACGGUUUGGACGGGGCUUGGCCAGUCCUUGCGAUGUUGCUGUUGGCGCUGCCGCUAGCGGUCCCUUUGCUUCUGAUUGGCCGCUGA